AUGAAGAAAGCAGUCAGCUCUGUGAUUGCAUUCUUGAAGAGGAAAAAGGACGAUUUAACAUUACCGCGGGAUACAAAACCCGCUGAUUCUGUGGACACUCUUGGUGAAGCUCAAUCUGAACACGAAGACAGAUUUUCAGUCGUUAGAUUGUGCAGGCGAUGUGUUUUGGUCUAUGAAAACAAAACGUGGAAUGAAUACGUGACUCAAAGAUCCAUUCGCCGGUGUAACAACUCUACUGAGCUAAACUAUGCAGAUGUUUAUUGUGGAGAAGAAAAACCCGAAAUCACUCGAUCGAACUAUGUUUUUUCCGCAAAUCUUUGCCGAGGAUUUCCUGAAAUAAUCCGCGUUCAAAGAUCAAUAUCUUUGACCUUGAUUUUCAACCAUAUUUUACGAUGCGCGUCGAACUUAUUUUCGUUGAACCAUAAUUACGGGCCACACUAUCCGCUUUUUAUCUGGUUACAAACCUGCGAAAACGAACGAGAGGGGGAGGUCUCAAACACUUAUGAAGAUGACAAUCAGAUAGUGAUAAGUUUUCCAUUAGACGUGGCGUUUUUAUUGUCAAACUUAAGCAUUGAGCUUCCGGUUUCUGGCAAGGAAAGGAAUCUGAUUGUGUGGGUUAUGGCGAACAAAUUUCCAAGACUGGUUAUAACGUUAGAUAUGGAAGAUGACCUGGUCGAUGGCUACCUCGAUGAUAUAUUCGAGGUGGCGUUUCUACACAUUCCAUUCUCCGUUGAAAAGCGACAACAGAAAAUCGAGGCAAUUUUCCGAGCUGUUGACGAGAUUCUUAACAUCAGCGCCAACGCUAUCAUGGUCAGCGGUGAUUCACCCGAAAGCGCGAUCACAGUGAAAGAGGUGAUCAUUGAGACCGCAACCGUGGUGACGUCCACGGCGGCGGAAAGCACGGCGACAGUUGGCAUAGAAACAGCGGCAAUGGCUUUGGGACAAGCAGCUGCUGGUAUUGCUAUAUCAGUGCUAGUUGACAUUGCGAUAACCGCGGGCAGUGUUACAAGGGCAAAGUUACAGCGCGAUAAAGGCUUGAUUACUAACUCGCAGUUUAAAUCUACUGUGAGGAGAAAGCUCUGUGAUUCAGGCUGUCAAUUUAUAGGAGGCACUACUGGGACCAUUGUAGGGCAGGUGCUCAUACCAGUACCCGUCGUAGGGGCCAUAGUUGGGGGUUUCUUUGGUAGCUUAAUCGGUGUUGGGGUUAGUAAGGGUAUUAUCAAAACUUCGGAACUCAUCGCAAAGGCACAAAAUUCCCGAGCUAAAGCGAUCACCGAAAAGUAG